AUGUUUCGGAAUCUCCCUCGAUCAAAUGUACCUUUGGCUACGCUCUCACCAUUAAGUCUCAUAUCUGAUUAUAUCUGUCAAUCAACCAAUAAACAAAUUGAUUUACAUAUUUUUGCCGUAAACGAUCUGACUAUUGAAGAUAUUCAACGUGGUCCCCAACGUGAUCAUCCACUGUUAUUAGAUGCUAAAAAAAAUGAAAGAAAUUUCAGUUUUUUUCCAAAUGUUGCCGAUGAUGUUUACAAAAUAUUUUCAUUAAUUCCACGAUCAAACAAUAUGAAAUGUUCUCAUAUACACUUUGAAAUAACAUCUUCAAAUAUUUAUGACACAUUAUAUGAUGGAUUAAAUGAAAUACAAGCAACGAUCAAUAGAAUUGGAACAAAUUCAAAUAAUGCUGCUCUUAUCGCCCUCAUGAACGGUCCAGUUAAUGAUCAAAUAUUGUCUCGUCAACGUCGGGAAACCAAAGUCGCGAAAAACGCAGUACUGAUAUCGAAUAAUAAAACAUGUAUGUUUUAUGCGAAAAGUUUAUAUUGGAAUGAUGCUACUGGAGCGCUGCCAUCCGCCCGUAAUUAUAGUCUUGAUUUUAAUAAAAGUUCAUGUCAACCGAAUGUAACACCGGAUGGCAAUAAUAAUUCAGUUAUUCUUAAUCUUGUUUGGAAUAAUGAUCAAAACCCAAACGAUAAUGUAACUGUAAGUUUAACUACAACAAUAAUGGGACGUUUUUGGAGUUUGGAAAAUGUUACUCUUAAUCAAAAUGAAUAUCGUUAUUUUGUAUCUGGAAUGGAUAGUCCAAUGGAAACACCACCGACAUAUUCUUAUGUUUGUACAACAGCAGAGUUUGUUCGAUAUGAUAAUUCGAAGUCACCCUAUGGGCUCUAUAAUUUUAGUAAUAAAUUUUAUAUAAAAAAUCUUCAAUUUCAACCAUUUAAUGUUAAUGGAUCAACAUUUGGUCUACCGAAUUAUUGUACAUCAUUUUUUACACGAGGCAUAUGGAUGGCUAUAACAUCAAGUUUACUUUGCUUAGGCAUUUUAUUAUUUGGUAUUUAUCAUUUAAUGAAUGUUAAAUCAAAUGAUCGAUUUGAUGAUCCAAAAGGAAAACCAUUGAUUAUUAAAGCCCAAGAAUAA